CACGACCCAACAGUCCAACACGUCUCCGGUCUCCCUCUCAUAGUCACUACAUUUGCCUCCGUCGUCGUUUGGCAUUGACUGAGAGAAGACCGUCUCUUUUCGUCCACCACUACCCAGAGUACCCACAAACUCCUCCUCUCCUUCUCUUUCUCUCUCAUCAACCCCCAAAACCACCAUGAACACUCAAACAAAAGCUUCAUCAUCACCCCAUCAACAACAACUGGAGGAGGAAGAAGAAGAAGCAAGUUUAUCACCAACCCAACUUCUGCAAAUCGCAAGAACCCACCUUCGUCUUCGCAAUUUCUCACUUAGCCGUCAAUAUGCUCUUGAAUCCCAACAACCCAAUGACCCAAAUUCUCAAUCCAACUCUCGGCAUGCUUCCCAAAUCCUCGCCAUCUCCAAUAUCCUCUCUUCCCCAACUAAUUUCUACUCUAUCCUUCAAAUCGACGCCUUUUGCAGUGAUUUUGUCCUAAUUCGCGCUCAAUUCAAGCACCUUCUCUCUCUCCUUGACCCCAUUGAGGAGAAAUGUUCUAUGGCUAAGGAAGCGCUUAAUUUGGUAUGGAAAGCCUAUGAUUGUCUCUCUGACCCCACCAAAAAAGCCCAGUUUGACUCCAAGCUGGGUGAUGAAGAUGUGGGUAAGGGUACUACCUUUUGGACCUUUUGCCCUUACUGUUUCUAUAUGUAUCAAUAUCCUAGGGUUUAUGAAGGUUGUUGUUUGAGGUGUCAGAAUCAGACUUGCAGAAGGUGUUUUCAUGCAGUUGCUUUGAAUUCUCUCCCUAAAAUGGAGUUGGAUAAAGGGCGUUAUUUUAGUUGUUUUGGGUAUUUUCCUUUAGGGUUUGCUCCUGGAGAUGGGAUUGGGGGAGAGAAAAGUGGGAAGUUUGAUUCAUGGUCUCCUAUUGUGGGGAUGUUUCCUAUGAGAAGGAUUGGGAAGACUCUUGCUGGUAGACUGGAUGGUAUUGAUUCUGAUAACAAUCCUGAUAUUUAUGUUGAUUGUACUAAUUUUAUCGAGAUUGCGGAUGAGAGCGAAGAGUCCGAGAAUGAUGAAGAAGGGGAGAUUUUUGGGAGCAAUGUGGGUAAGGCUGGUACAGGGAUGAAGCGAAAAUCAGUGGCGCGGAAUGCCAGGAAGUUGAUGAGUAGUAGGAGGAGCAGUGAAGGUGGCGAUUAUGAUGCGAAUGCAGGGGAAGAUGAGGAGAAUGGUUUGGAGGGUGAUCAUGGUGAUGUUGGUGGGGGUGGAAGUGGUUUUGAAUCUGAAGAUGUGGCGUUUUUCGAGGAAAAUGGGGAGAUUUUUGUUGAGUUUGGGCCUGAUAGUGCACUCUGAUGGAUAGAGGAUGAGUAACCAGGGUGCAGAAUGCUUAUCCCCUUGAAUGAUAAAUUCAAAAUGGGUCUGGUCAAAAGUUGGUACGGAGGGCGGAGAGCCGGAGAGGCGGAGACUACGCCACACUGUCAAACGAAAGCUUGGGCCCUUUUCAACAUCGAUCUCGUUCAUUUCACUGUCCCAAUCAUCCAUUUCAAUUCGCAAAUGUUGGUGGUUUUUUUUCUUCUUUUGUUCAAAGGCUUCAAUCGACGAAAAACAAUUAUACAAUUGACUCUGUUUUGCAACACGUGUAUUAUUUUUUUAUUUGAGCACUAUAAUUAAUUUUUACAAUCUUUCUUUUACCAUUAUGUAAGCAAAAACGGAAAACGCUACAUGUACAUUUAGUGUACACGUAGUAUACAAGAUUAUCUUGUACUCCCUCUGUAUUUAUUUAAGGGAUACACUUGUCUUUUCCGGACGUAUUUAUUUAAGAGAUACACUGUC